GAAAUAAAAUAAAAAAAAGAAUAUAUAUAUGUAUAUUCGAUUUAUUUUUGCACGUCGUAGUUAUCACGUGCGGUAUAUUGCACACAAAAGCCACGCCAGCCUUUCAGUCUGGUCUUGCGUCGCAAACAGAAUUGCUAAUAAUUUUUUACACAACUUUUUCCGGUAAAAAAAAAUAUAAACAAUACACUUAAUAAAUAAUAAAUUAUUAUAUUUACUAAAAAUAAUAAUUAAUCAAUCAAUUAUCAGGAAAUGGAAAUAAUAUUGAGUUUUAUUUAUCGUUUAACUUGUGAUUGUAAAUGAUGCAGCCGACACAGUCAAAUUCAGUCUACGACAAUGAGACGAAGAACAAAAAUAAACAUGAAAAAAUUCAACAAUACGAGCUGACACUUGAACGACUGUCAACAAUAAAAAUAUCAAAAUGUCUUUGGCAAAAAAAAUGGAUAAAACAAGAAUGGAUAAAAUUAUUUACAACAAAUAUAAAAGACCAAUAUAAAAAAUACAAUAAUAAUGAUAAAAAAGAUAGAAAUUUAUUAAUUCAAAAAAUUCAAAAUAAUUGUAAAUUAUUAUUUAAAAAAAACUUAUUAAUACACACAAAUGACAUUGAAGAUAAUUUAUUAUUUACAAUUGAAUUUAUGGGAAUACAAAUACAUGAAUUAUUAAAAAAAAUAUAUCCCCAAUGGAUUAAAUACAAUGAUGAUUAUCAAAAAAAAGUAAUAAUUGGUUAUAUUGAUAGAAUAAAAUGGACAGAUAUUGGUACAAUUGAUUACAAUAAAACAAUUAAAAAUAUGAUAAACGAUAAACAAUAUCCAAUAAAUUAUAUUGAAGUAUCAGAAAUAUGUAUAAAUUGUUUUGAUGAUGAUAUUGAUAAUUGGUACAAUGAAAAUUCACAAAAAAUCAUUGAUUUUGUUAUUGAAAGUUAUGAUGCAACAUUUAAAAGUCAUUAUAUAUCAAUAACAGCAUAUAGUUUUUAUCGUAUAUUAUUUUGGCAUAUACAACGUUUACAAAAUCAGCUAAAAUAUAAUAUAAAUGAUGUAUUAUUAAAAUAUGCACAUUUGAGUGAUUGGAAACGUAUAUUUAUCAAAGAAAAAUCAAUAAAUACAUAUAUGUUUUUUUUAUGUUUAUCACAUCGUCAUUAUCAGGGUAUAAAUUAUUUUUGGUCAAUAUUAAAUUGUCAAGAAAAGAUAAAUAAUAUUAAUCGUUCAAUUGAUAAUAUAAUGUGUAUUAAAACAAUUGAAUCAAAUGAUGAUGAUUCAAAUGGACAAAAAUUAAUAAUGACUAUUUUUUUUUUACAAAAAUUGAGACGCCAAGACUGUUAUAAAUUAUCAUACAAUUCAACAAUUGAUAUUAAUUUAAUAAUAUCAUUAUUAAUAUGGCCAUGGAAUGAUUUUAAUAAUUUUAAUAUUAAUGAUUUAAUUAAGCUUAAUAAUCACAAGUUACAAGAUUCAAUUAUAAUUAAUAUAUUAAUGACAUUAUUUAAUAUAUUAAGUGAUGAUUAUGAAUUAUUUAUUAAAAAAAAAAAAUGUCGUAAAUUGGCAUUUACAAUAAUUAAAUAUUAUACAAAUGAUAUUAAAAAUAGUAUGUAUAUUGAUAAUAAUUAUACAAUGAGUUUAAUUAAUGCAUUGAUUAAUACAAAUGAUAUAUUGUUGAUUAAGACAUUUAUUAAUCAUUCGGAUAUGGGAGAUUUGAGAAAUAUUUUUUUAAAUCAUGCUAUUAAACAGUACAAAUGUUUAUUAAUUCGUAAUAAUUGCUAUCAUAUUGUUGAAAUUUUUAAACAACAGGUACUUGUUAAUGAUGAUGAAAGAAGAUAUUUUUGUAUUGAAUUAAUACGUAGAGAAUAAUAAUUUUCUUUUUGAAAUUAAUAAUAUUGAGUUAUAUAUUUUUUCUAUGAAAAAAAUUUGAUAAUAAUAUUUUGUUGGAUAUAUAUAUUUAAGAAAUAUUUUAGAAAUUCAACUGCCCUUUUUUUUUUUGAUAGUUGAUAGAUAAAUAUAUAGAAUCAAAUAAUAUAUGCUCAUAUUAAAACGAAAAAUAUAUUUUGAGAAUUGUAAUUUAUUCUUGAAAAAAAAAUUAAUAAUAACUUUAUCAAAGAAAGAAGCUUGUUGUUGAUAAUUAAUAAUUAUUUUUAAUUUAAAACAAAAUAGUUCAGUGUAAUGCAAUAAAUAUAUUUACAUAAAUGUUUUAUUUUAGAUAACCAUAUAAAAAAUAUAAAAUUACUAAUAAAUAAUCACUCAAUCUUAAAAAAGACAUAAUUUCUGCAAUUUUAAUUUACAUGUUAUAGAUUGAUAUAAUUAUGUUUCUUGUAAAAAUAUGUUUUAAAAAAUGAUAUAAUAAAUAUACAAUUUUUACCCCAAAAUAAUU